CCGCACAAGGACUUCUUCGAGCUACGUCACACGUACCUGCAAGAAAUGAUACGCCUUGAAGGUCGCGGCACUCACAUGUACGAUAAGGAGUGUCCUCAAUGUAAAUCACCAGGUCCUCAGUAUCGAUGCGUCGACUGUCACGGUGGCAUACUUUACUGUGAGGGGUGCAUGGUUAAGAAGCAUGCUGAGGCUCCUCUUCAUCGCAUCAAGGCUUGGAACGGUACAUUCUUUGAGUCAAAAACUCUCAAAGAUAUGGGACUUCGCGUACAGUUAGGGCAUCCGCCUGGCGUCCGCUGCAAUAACCCAAAGCAGGCGUACGCCAAUGACUUUGUCGUAAUUGACAUCCACGGUAUUCAUCAAGUGGGAGUUGAUUUUUGCCAAUGCGAAACCACCCACAACGACUAUCAGCAACUGCUUCGCGCCGAAUGGUUCCCUGCGUCAGUCUCUGACCCAAAAACCGCUGCCACCUUCCGAGUACUGGAGAACUUCCAUCUCCUUUCGCUAGAGUCAAAAUCAUCUGCAUAUGAGUUCUAUCGAUCCCUCUCUCGGGCGACGGACAAUCUUGGCAUUUUGGAGAAAAAGGAUCGGUAUGACAACUUCCUGAUUAUGGUACGCCAGUGGCGACACCUCAAAAUGCUCAAACGAACGGGGAGAGGUCAUGUUAGCGAAGGCCUCGAUGAGACACCUGAGGGAGCAUGUGCCGUUCAGUGCCCAGCGUGCCCUCAUCCUGGCAAGAAUCUUCCUGACGACUGGGAGUCCGCGCCGCCUCACAAGUCUAGAUGGCUAUAUGGACUGUUUGUCGCAAUAGAUGCCAAUUUCCGCCUCAAGAGAAAAGCAGUAUCUCGAGAAGAAUUGGAUCCAAGCUUCGGGGACGGUUGGGCGUACUUUGUCAAAGAACAGCCAUUUCAAGACUGGUUGGCGUCGCAGCCUGAUCCACCUCACCGUAGCUCUUGUUCGAACCACAAAGCUGUCAACAUGGCGAACACCAAGUUCGCUCGCGGACUCGCUGUGACGGGGGUGGGCACGGUCGAUUGUGCACGACAUAACAUGAAGCUUCCCUGUGGCGUUGGGAACUUAAUUGCAGGGGAACGGUACAAUGUCAUGGACUACAUACUUUUCUCGACACUCCGAUGGGCCCAGCUUCGCGUCUUCAAGAUUUCCUAUGAUAUCGGCUGCCAGUGGUUUAAAAAUUUGUGGGCCCGAGUAGCGAAGCUGCCUGAAUACCUUGCGUUCAGUCCUAUUGGCCGGAUCUUCCAUUUCCUCGUUCCUAAAUUCCAUCUUCCCGCCCAUAUUCUCAGCUGUCGCACGCGCUUUUCGUUCAACUUCACCCCAGGCGUCGGUCGGACUGAUGGCGAGGCGCCUGAGCGAGGUUGGGCGAAUAUCAACCCUGUAGCAUCCAGCACCAAAGAAAUGGGGCCUGGUCACCGAAAAGACACGCUCAACGACUUUUUCGGCGACUGGAAUUGGAAGAAGACCACUGGUCUGGGCCUCGAACUCCACCGAAAGUUAUCUAUUGCCAUUGCCAGGCGCGCCGACCAUCAGGAAGACUUCAUCGAUAUGGAACGUACUCUCCCUCAGCCUCAACUUACGGUAUGGCUCAAGGAGGUGGAGGCUUGGGAGAACGGUCAGACAGAGCCUAACCCGUUCGAGAGCCGCGUACAAAAGCCAACGCAACUUUCAGUCCGCCUUGAGCUUGCCAAGCGGGAAGCCAAGGAACUUGCGAAAGGGUUGCCGACCACACACUCAGAGAUCACACGUGGGGUACUCAUUGCCGCGGGUAUAGACAUCGAGGAUCUACAACGGCGGCUCCGGGCAGAGCGGCAGAGCGUCGGCCAAAACGCUGUCGACCAUCAAGUCAAGGUACAAAAUCGCGCCAACGCACUUCAAAUCAGGAUCGAGAACUGGGCUAAGGCUCAAGUGCUACACAUGCCAGCUGUGGUCAUGCUGCGUUCUAAGCGGGACUCGUCAUCUAAACCGGUGAACCCCGAGUCAAUCACUCUGUAUCUCCCGUCUCAGCUCCCUCUUACAGCAACAUGUGGCCUACAGCUCCGCGAGAUUGAAUGGGAGCUAAGGGUAUCUCAAGCUCACGAUGCGCUCGGCAAUCUUCGUCAGACAUUGCAGUACAGAUACUACCUCUAUAAGGACAAGGACCGCAAUGCACGCGGUCAAGGAGCUAACACUCGCGCGCACAACAUAAUCGACACAGUCACCUCCAAGAUCAAGGCCUAUCGCGAUGCUUAUCGCGAUGCCUACGGUGCUCUGUUACGCCUGAAGCCUGUACUUCGCAAGCACGCGCUUCCGUCAGAGCUACGCGUGCUUCGGGAUGCAGAUGUUAGGGCUAUGCCGGAGGAACUUGAUGGGGAGACCGAGGGUAAGCGAAGAAUUUCUUGGAUUUGGCUUGCGUCUCCACUCGACCCGUACGAUGAAAACGAUCCGGCCCUAAUAGACACCAUCCGAGUUGAAUGGUGCAAAGCUCGUGCCCGGGCAAUGCGCUGGACUGAGGAAGUUGAGCUGCUUGUUGAGGAGAUGCGCCGAACUAUUGCGUUCCUCAAAUGGCAGACAGAGUGGUGGGUUCGUUAUGGCGAACGGAGGACGUUGGCAGUGCCAGAAGAUGAGGAGGGUAGUAGAGCAUAUGCCCUCCGACAGGCCAGUAACCGGCGCGCUCUCGCAUUAAAUUUUACGUCGAAAUGGACCGAGUCGCUUUCAAUGCUUCAGAGCAAACAUUCACAUUGCUGA